AUGAGACAAGCUGUUAUUUUCAUCGCUCUUUCUGUAACUUUCACUCAAGCGAUGGUAUGCCCAGUCGGUUGGGAGCGGUACACGGGAACCGCUGACACCUGCAUUGCAGCAUACAAGAAGGAGAUGUCCUGGUUGGAUGCUAACAAUUUUUGCAAAAGUCUUAGAGCGGAUUUGGUGUCUAUCCACAACUCUUUCCAAAACCUUCACGCUGCAACCAUAGCCGAAAAAAAGUUUGAGGCAUGCAGAUACUGGAUCGGACUAUAUAAUAUCGAUAAAGACAAAAAGUUUAAGUGGACUGACAAAAGCUCGGUUGAUUACACAAACUGGUUACAAGGUGAACCGCCAUCAGUUGCUGAGGCAACCACAGUUUAUAUGUCAUUGCAGUCUCGUUUUCGAUGGGUUACAACCACCGAAGUUGCUGAGAACAACUGUUUUAUCUGUGAAAAGCGCUUUAAUGAACCUUCUACUAAUCCGGAAUCGACAACAGAAACAUUUGAAUCACCCUCUACAGGAGCACCCACUGAAACCAUUGUUGAGACUUUUAAACCAAAUUAUUCCACUGAAAAAAAGUUGACAACAGAAAAUCCUGAAUCAUCCUCUACAGGAGCAGCACCGGUUGAAACCAAUGCUGGAACGUCUAAGCCA